CGAAACAAACGACGAAGAUCUUGAAUAGGAAUGCGUCUAUUGUACUUCGUCACCACGGCUCAUAUUCAAAUCAAUACACAGAGAUUCGCCGCAACAAUUUUCUCUCGAACAAUCGGUCAUUUAUUUUGCAUUCCUCGCGUGCAACGUGUUCUUCUUUCAACAUUGUCAACCGACAGCCGCACAGGCGGAUUAGUAGCGCGAAGGAAUUUCUAGAAACGUCCCGGCGGAAUGGUUGCGCAGGAUCGCGAGCGUGAUUCGUUGUUACGUUUGCCGAACCACUUGGAAUUCAAUUAGAAUUCCCUCGGGAGCAGAGAUUCUCUGAGCGAGCUGGUGAACCGCCUUGCGGCCAUUGGCCAUUGGCCGGGGAGGAACGCGAUCAGGAAGAUAUGAAAGGCGAGCGAUCAUCCAUUUCCGGAAUAGUGCUGGUGACCAGUGCGAAGAGUUUGGUGAAAGGAUGAACAAAAAUAUGUUGAGAGCUGGAACCACCGUAUCUCCGUUGUUCCCUCCGUCACGGACGACACCGCCCCCCUCGUCUGUCCUCAGAGUCACUUCCGCGAUUGCCUCGACCACGGAUUAUACGAGCAUAGGCAGUAUGUACGGUGUGAUCGAUCAGAUGGUGUUGAAAGAGGAUGAGGAACAAUUGAGCAUGGGGGAGAAGUACGUGCCGUACGAAGAUCGGCCGGAAACUUAUAUCGUGCCGAUCGUGUUCCUCCUGAUUCUUCUGAUCGGGCUCACCGGAAACGGGGUGCUUGCGCUCACCAUACUGAGGCACAGUAACAUGAGGAACGUUCCCAAUAUUUAUGUCUUCUCGUUGGCGCUUGGGGAUCUCUUGGUGAUCAUGACGUGCGUACCAUUCACGUUCACCGUUUAUAUCCUGGAUUCGUGGCCAUUUGGGCUCGUGCUCUGCAAGGUAUCCGAGUGCGCCAAGGAUAUCUCGAUCGGAGUCUCCGUCUUCACUUUAACGGCUCUAUCGGCGGACAGAUUCUUCGCCAUCGUGGAUCCAAUGAGAAAGUUUCACACCACGGGUACUGGAAAAAGAGCAACCCGAUUCACUGUGAUAGUAGCCGCGUUGAUUUGGCUAUUGGCCAUCAUGUGCGCCAUCCCCGGUUCCUUCUCCUACAUCAGGGUCUUCAAAGUGAACAGCAGUAUUAGCUUUCGCGCUUGCUACCCAUAUCCCCCGGAAUUCGGGCCGAAUUAUCCAAAAACGAUCUUGGUCUGCCGUUUCUUCAUCUACUACGCGGUGCCGCUCAUCAUCAUCGCGUUCUUCUACAUCCUAAUGGCCAGACACUUGAUGCGCAGCACCAGGAACAUACCCGGUGAGAUGCAAUGUCAGGCAAGUAAAGUUCAGAGCAAAUUUUUCGGUUGGCGAAAGAAAAAUUGUUGUUUAACGAGAGGAAAAAGUGAGAUAGUGAAACAAGUGAAAGCGCGUAAAAAGGUGGCGAAAAUGGUGAUGGCGUUCGUGAUUGUUUUUGCAGUGUGCUUCUUCCCCCAACAUGUGUUUAUGCUGUGGUUUUACAUCCAUCCAACGGCACAGCAGGAUUACAACGAUUUUUGGCAUUAUUUCCGGAUCCUCGGUUUUUGCCUAGCGUUCACCAAUAGUUGUAUCAAUCCUAUCGCUUUGUACUGCGUGAGCAGUACAUUCAGAAAAUACUUCGACAGGUAUCUGCUUUGUUGCGUGCCAAGGCGGAUGCGGAGGCGACAUCGUCGGUCAUCCGACUUGAGCUCACGGGGGCGGGGUCAAAGUUUCUCGUUAAUAAGCUCGAGAAGGUACGACUCGAGGCGAGGGCAGCGGAGCGUGAUGCACAUGUCGAUCCUUGGAAACGAUACCAGGACCAGUGUCCCGAUCAAGGAACAGGAAACGACCAUUAGCCUAACCGGAUGUCCGAACGGAGUGGAGGACGGAUUGAGAAGCCAUCGAAACUCGACCACGGAGCAACCGAUCAAUCGUGAAUGCUAAAAUCGAAAGGACUGUGAUGAUUCAGCGACCAAUCCGAUCCCUGUGUUCUUCCUAUGAACCAGACUUUUCGAUUAAACGUUUUUUCGCGUUUUAUCCUCAGAAUGCGAAUAUAUUUGAGCGUGUUCGAAGAUGUUGACAGUUGUCCUCUCGAAAAGCAAACAUUUUGUAAACGAAUAAUCGAGAAUGGACGACAGAGAACUUUUACUUUUUGACAUCGUAAAUCUCUCUCUACUUGCGAGAAACAAUUUUUCGAGAACAAUUCGCGAGACAACGUUUAAUAUAUUUGCAUCCUUGGAGUUAGGAUCCAGGAAGGAGAAGAUCCUGGGAUUCAACGUGCAUCUCGUCCGUUCGUCGUCCAAUUUUUAUCCUUUCGUUUUUCUCGAGUGCACGAACAUCGUCGAGAUUAAUAAUUAUUAAAAACGGAA